CCCUCCACCUCUUAUUCAUUUCUUUCACAUGGAGGCCUUACCCAAACUUAGCUUCUUUUCCAGACUUCUCUUCCUCCUCUCAUUCUUCUCGCUAUCUUCGUUCUCGUCGUCGUUGUCGUCGUCGUUGCUGCAUCCGUCGAUCGCCGACUCUGCAAAGCUACAUCGUAAUUACACCGCUAUAUCGGAUUUCCGACUACUCAACCGAAGAAAACUGUUGGAUUGUCCACAUAUAAUAAACCCUUUUGUGAAACUCACGGUCGUCUCUGUUUCAGAGAACCUGUUGAAUGAAGAGUUCAUCAAUGUCACGGUUAGUGGAGUUUCGAUUCCGUCGAUAGAGCAUUGGGUUGCUAUGAUCACGCCUUCAAAGGCCAAUGUUGAUUCUUGUCCAUUGAAUGAAGGGCUUUAUCUCCAAACUGGUGAUUUAAGCAGCCUUCCUCUACUUUGCCAUUAUCCUGUCAAAGCAGCGUAUUUAAGAAGUGAUCCAGAUUACUUGAGGUGCAAGAAGAGUGAGUGCAGAGUGAGAUCGGGAGGCAGGUGCUUACAAAAGACAUGUAGUGCCACGCUGUCAUUCCACGUCAUCAACUUCAGAACCGACGUGGAAUUCGCCCUGUUUGGCGGCGGGUUUGCUACUCCUUGUCUUCUUCUCAGAUCACAGCCUCGCCCCUUCCAGAAUCCCAAUGCUCCGUUGUACGGAUUCCUCUCUGCCACAGACUCAACUGGAACAUCUAUGAGAUUAAGUUGGGUUAGUGGAGACAAAAAUCCACAGCAACUCAAAUAUGGUCAACAUGGAACAACACAAACCUCUCAAGUUUCUUCUUUCUCCCAAAAUGAUAUGUGCAAUACACCAUCAAUUCAAAGCCCAGCAAAGGACUUUGGAUGGCAUGACCCUGGCUUCAUUCACUCUGCUGUCAUGACGCAACUGCAGCCUUCCACCACCUUUUCCUACAAAUACGGAAGCGAUCAAGUUGGUUGGAGCGACGAAGCAACGUUCACGACACCACCAGCCAGCGGUGACGAAAACGAUUUCCACUUUCUAGCAUUCGGAGACAUGGGAAAGGCUCCUCUCGACUCGUCGUCAGUCGAGCAUUAUAUUCAGCCAGGGUCGAUAUCGGUAGUGAACGGGAUGACCGAGGAAGUAGAAUCUGGGAAAGUCGAUGCCGUGUUUCACAUUGGAGAUAUCAGCUAUGCAACAGGGUUCUUAGUUGAAUGGGAUUUUUUUCUUCAUCUCAUCAAACCCAUUGCUUCUCGUGUGGCUUACAUGACAGCUAUUGGGAACCAUGAGAGGGACUAUGAUAAAUCAGGGUCAGUUUAUAGGCUGCCAGAUUCAGGAGGUGAAUGUGGAGUUCCUUAUGAAACAUAUUUUCAAAUGCCAACUUUUGGUAAAGAUCAGCCUUGGUAUUCUAUUGAAAUGGCUUCUGUUCAUUUCACUGUUGUUUCUACUGAGCAUCCGUUUACUCCCGGCUCACCGCAGUAUGAAUGGAUGAAAAGGGACAUGGCCUCGGUAAAUAGGUCAAGAACACCAUGGCUCGUUUUUACCGGGCAUAGGCCUAUGUACUCUUCCAUACGUGGACUUAUUCCUAGUGUUGACCCAAACUUUGUUGCAGCUGUUGAGCCACUUCUCCUCCAAAAUAAGGUUGAUUUGGUGUUGUUUGGACAUGUUCAUAACUACGAGAGAACAUGUUCUGUCUUUAACAAAGUUUGCAGAGGAAUGCCCUUUAAGGAUAUUAAUGGGAUUGACACAUACGAUCAUAACAACUAUACUGCUCCCGUACACGUAAUCAUCGGCAUGGCUGGGUUUAGUCUCGACGAGUUCCACACUUCCGCAGAGAGAUGGAGUUUGGCUAGGGUUGCCAAGUUUGGUUAUCUUAGGGGCCAUGCAACAAAGGAGAAGUUAAGCUUAGAGAUGGUGAAUGCUGUCACAAGAGCAGUAGAGGACAGUUUCAGCAUAAAAAAAGCUCCAAUUCAAUAGCCGAAUCAUGAGUUCCUUAAUAGCCAAACAGCUAGCCAAACCUUGGCUGAACCUGUAUGAUUGCUAAAUUAAGAAACUUUUUUUUCGAUGACCCAUAUGAAAAAGUCUUAGAAAUUUUACUAUUCAAGUGAUGCUCACAUCGAUAAUGGUUAAGAUCCUA